AUGGUGCGGCUCUGUGAGGCCUGCUACGAGUACGCCGGCGGCGGCGCGGUGCACCUCGCCAUGGAGCUCUAUGAGGGCGGGGAGCUGUUCGACCACAUCGUCGCGCGUGGCCACUGCUCGGAGCGCACCGCGGCGGGCGUGUUCGGCACCAUCGUCGAUGUCGGACCUCAAGUGGAGAACUUCCUGUUCGCCAACAAGUCGGAGGACUCCCCGCUCAAGGUCAUCGACUUCGUCCUCUCCGUCUUCUUUAGCCCCGGCGAUCGGUUCACGGAGGUGGUGGGGAGCGCGUACUACAUGGCGCCGGAGGUGCUGAAGCGCAACUACGGGCCGGUGGUGGACAUCUGGAGCAUCGGCGUCAUCCUCUACAUCCUGCUCUGCGGCAUCCCACCAUUCUAG